AUGAUUCUGACAGCCGUGGAAGAGGACGAAAGCCUGACAACGCGAAUGCUGGCUGAAGACUUUAAUGUCAAUCAAUCAACGAUCGUUCGACGCCUGAAGAAGCUUGGAAAGCGCCGUGUAAUCGAAUCCAUCGCCAAUAAGGAAUGGGAUGUGCUCCCACACUCACCGACAGAAGCACCAACGGACUAUCAUGUCAAUCGCUCUUUGAAAAACUGGCAAAGAAACAAAGUCUACGACGAUUUGGAUGACUUGGUGGCUGAUGUCGAAGCGUGGACUGCCUCCAAGAAUCGUGACUUCUUCGCACGUGGAAUCGACCGACUGCCAAGCAAAUGGGAAGCAGUUCUUGAAGUGGAUGGUUUGCCAAUCGUUCCCCACGAAAUUUUUGGUAUCGGUCGUCCACCCCAAACCAUCAAAAAAUUAUCGCGUUACUUUUUCAAUGGCAGCUCUCGCACUGUUAUGCAGAAGUCGACUUCGAGGCGUUUUGGGCGAUUUCGCACACUAGUCGUAUAG